AUGAAGACGUCUGUCGCUAUCGUCGCUGCUUGUGCUGCCGUCGCCGGAGCCAUGCCCUCCUAUCGUUUCGGCAACUGGAACUCUACCGUCAUUAACUGGAACACUUCAACUCCAACCAACUGGAACACAUCAAACCCUACCAACUGGAACUCUACCACCGGUAUCAACUGGAACACGACGACCAUCAUCAACUGGAACUCGACAGCCAUUUCCAAUGGAACCGUCGCUGUCAACACAACAGCCGGCAUCGCGCCUCUUGCUCCUUACUACCCCAACACCACUGUCAGCAUCAACACCACUUGGGUGAACCACAACGAGACUCAUCUCCCCGUACCUGUGAUUCGCCGUUUCCGAGCCCAGAGAAAGAUGGUGUCUGGUGCUGUCCUGCCUGGAUACAACUAA